AUGUUGCGCUACAUAAAUAGAGUCCGGCAAUUAUUCGAGUUGUAUGGAUCCUCUGUCAUUCCGCUGUUUAUUUUCGGUAGCCGCACUACUUGGUAUAUGCAGGCAAAAGUCCUUGGUGAGCUGAAAGAGGGACAAGAUAGACCUGAUAACUCGAGGGCUAUUGAAUUCAAAAGUUCAACGCUCGCAGAAUGUAACAUGGUUGCUGUGGCUGCUGCUGUUGUUGUUCAGAUAGCCGUGACUGGGCUAUCACUGGAACUUUCAAAUCAGGCAUAUUGUCUAACAAAAACGUCUUUUGUACUGAGCUUGAUAUUUGCCAUUCUAGCUGUGUUUUAUGCCAGCUGCCUGCAGCGUAGGUUUACUCGUCUACUCACAGGGGAAGAUAUACGUCGAUGGAUCAGGGGAAGUUCAAGGAAACCGGGUGCUAAAAGAUGGGGUUGGUCAGUCGACGAAGAAAUAAAAGCUCGUUGCUUUAUCCCGAGCGUAUCAUCAGUCAUCAUAGCCUCUGCACCCCAACUGCUUCUUUCAAUCUCACUCAAAAUGUUAGUUAUUGCUUUGGGGGUGUAUUUGGGUAGUUUUGGGACUGCAGAGCCUAACAACACGAAAUUUGUAUUCGCACUGUACAUCAUUGGGUUGGUAUUCUUCGGCGGAGCCUAUAUCAUGGCGCAAUAUUUUGAUAUCGAGGAAAUUUGCUCUGAGAUUGACAUCAUCAAUGGGUACCUGACUGGAUGGAAAGCAAAUCACACAAAUCAAGAUGGAGGAGAUAGGCAUCAGCCUCAGGCUGCCGAUAACACGACGAGGACGAAUGUCAACUCCGAGUCUAAUCCGCUACUGAAGCAAGCCGGAACUAUAGGGUUCAACUCUCUAACUACUUCUAGUUCAGAAAGAAGGCGCAGAGAUCAGGCAAAGGAUUCUUCACCCCCAGAUCUUGAGAGAGGUAAUAUGGAAGAUAGCAUCAGUAAAAGCGGCAGCGAGGCCAGCAGCAGGAGUAAGAGCAGUAUCAAAGGCAAAGAAAGGGAUGGAAAGAACGAUUGA